AUGGGCACCAGCAUCCGCCGCUUCACCAAGGGCUCCGACAACAACGACACCAAGUCACAAGGUGCUAACUCCAAGCUUGAGAAGACAGCCGCUGCUGACACCAAAGUCCCAGUCGUGAGCUUCGAAGAUGGAAAGCGUGUCGAGAAAGCGAUCUCGGCCCAGCCGGCCGUCGUCCCUGCUACGCUCGGAGAUGCUAAGAAGGUCGCAAUGCCACUUGACAAGACCUUGGUCGAGCGCCUGACUCCUACCAUGCGCAAGUUCCUCCUCGUUGGCAAGACCGUCGUGGUCACUGGUGGCGCUCGCGGACUCGGUUUCAACAUGGCACAGGCCAUGGCCGAAGUCGGUGCCAAGGGCAUUGCCAUCAUCGACCAGAAGCGCGACAUCGGUGUCCCGGCUGCUGAGGAGCUUUCCGCUCAGACUGGCGUGGAUGUGCGCUUCUACGAGGUCGAUAUCCGUGAUUCAGCCCAGAUUGCUGGUGCCGUCAAGGACAUCAAGGACCACUAUGGACAAAUCGAUGUGCUCAUCAACUCCGCCGGUAUUGCCGACUCCAACAUCCCCGCCGAGACCUACGAAGACGAUAUGUGGGAGAAGACAAUCGACAUCAAUCUGAACGGUGCCUUCAAGAUCGGCCGCGAGGUCGCCCGCUCCAUGAUCAACAACAAGAACCCCGGCUCUUUCGUCUACGUUGCCUCGAUGUCUGGCUCCAUCGUCAACUACCCGCAGGAACAAUCGUGCUACAAUGCCUCCAAGGCCGGCGUUGUCCAUCUUGUCCACUCUCUGGCUGCCGAGUGGGCUAAGUACAACAUCCGUGUGAACUCCAUUUCUCCGGGAUACAUGGACACCGCUCUGAACCGCGUUCCGGCUUUGGACGCCCAGAAGAAGAUUUGGAUCGACCAAACUCCUCAGCGACGUCUCGGAAAUGUUGACGAGCUCAACAAUCUUGCUGUGUUCCUCGCUUCGGACGCCUCUUCCUACAUGACUGGCGCCAACUGCAUCAUCGACGGCGGCUACUGCCUCUACUAG